AUGAGUCGUUGUAAGCACAGGUCCAACUUGGCCCUGACUCCCGCAGGGCUUCCUGAGAUUCAGAGGCCGGGAACUGUGCAGAGAUCUGCAGCGGGGAUUCUCACAACUUCCAUUUCUGGUGAACAGCUGAGGUCAGAGAGGAGUCCAGGUGCAGUGUUCGGCAUAUUUGAGGAAAUCACAAGAAUUGUAGUUAAGGAGAUAGAUGCUGGAGGGGAUAUGAUUGCUGUUAGAAGCCUCAUUGAUGCUGAUAGAUCCCACUGCUUCCAUCUGGUGGAGGAGAAGAGAACUGUCUUUGGAUGCCGGCACUACAAUGGCCUCACCCUGAUGGACAUUCUGGACACAGAUGGGGACAAGCGGUUAGAUGAACUGGAUUCUGGGCUCCAAGGUCAAAAGGCUGAGUUUCAAAUUCUGGAUAAUGUAGACUCAAAGGGAAAGUUGAUAGUGAAAUUGCCCAAAAAAAUAACAAUUUCAGGCAGCUUCUAGGGCUCCCACGAUCAGAAAAUCGAGAUAUCUGAGAACUGGAUAUCCCAGCAGUAUCUGGAUACCCUUGAGAACAGGAAGCUGAAGAGGGAACUACCCUUUUCAUUCCGAUCAAUUAAUAGGACAGAUUCUGUCAUCAAUCUGGUGACAGAAACUCUGGAGAUGGUAAAGAAAGAAACCCUGAAAAGCGACCGGCAAUAUAAAUUUGGAAACGAGAUUUUUCAGAGUCAUCUCAGCUAUGAACACAAGGGCCAAAGGGAAGGACCAUCCUCCCCAAUGGGUCCUGAGCUAUCGGUAAAGCAGCUUGUCUUCCCCAACAAAGGAGGACGGGGAAAGUCUUUGGGUUCGGAGGAUUCCAGAAACAUGAAGGAGAAGUUGGAGAACGUGGAAAGUGUCCUCCAGGAACUGACGGAGGACAAGAGGAAAGAUGUGCUAAACUUCCUCACUAAGUGCCUCGGCAGGGAGGAGCUUUGGCAGGAUCUAGAGCAAAAAAUAUCUGAGGUCCUGAUUUUCGGGGAGCUGCAGAUGGAGGACCCAGUCAAUCCUCUCCUAAGCAGCCUUUUUAAUGCUGCUGGGAUCUUGGUAGGAGCGCGCGCAGAGGCCAUUCUGGACUUCCUGGAUGCCUUGCUAGAGCUGUCUGAGGAGCAGCAUCUUGUGGCUGAGGCCCUGGAGAAGGGGACCCUUCCUCUGUUGAAGGACCAGGUGAAACCUAUCAUGGAGCAGAACUGGGAUGAGCUGGCCAGCAGUCCUCAUGACGUGGACUGUGACCCUGAGGCACGAAUUCCCUGUGCGCUGUAUGUUGUUGUCUCUAUCCUGCUGGAGCUGGCUGAGGGGCCUACCUCCGUCUCUUCCUAAUUACAAAAACCCUUUCUCCCCACAAGCCUCUGGGUUCUCCCUUCACCGGUCUGUCCUCACCGCCAUCGUCACUACCAUCCUGUUACCAGUGGCACCUCUUUAAAACAAGCAGCCAACCAUUCUUUGAUGUAUCCCAUUCACUCCGUGUUAACGUCCAAAAUCAGCCUGGAUUUUAUGCUUCUAAUUAAAAGUGGCAGGUUGUGCAUGUUAA